UGCACUGAGGUCUGGAGGCUGCUUCACAGUACACAGAUCUUCACAUCUUAGGACCAGCAGGAGCUUUCCCUCUCCAGAACUUUCAUCGUGUGGCUUCAUAUUUCAUCUUUUACUUAUUUUUGUUCUUAUGGUGAAGAGUUCAUGAAAAUUCAAAAAGUUCCAGGAGGAUCUCAAUGAUCCAGAGAAGUUUGAGGACUUGCAUCCCAGUCAGUAACUGAGGUCGUUUCAUGCAAGAAGAUGUUUUCGAUAGGUCACUGCUAUGGGCUGUUUGGAUUAGUUUUCUACCAAUCGCUUGGAGUGUCAUUCUCUCUCAAUCUCGAGGAUCCAAAUGUGUGUAGCCACUGGGAAAGUUAUUCUGUAACGGUUCAGGAAUCGUAUGCACAUCCAUAUGACCAAGUCUAUUACACCAGCUGCACAGACAUAUUGAAUUGGUUUAAAUGCACAAGACACAGAAUUAGUUACCGCACUGCAUAUAGACGUGGAGAAAAAACCAUGUAUAGGCGUAAAUCGCAGUGUUGCCCUGGGUUUUAUGAAAGCAAGGACAUGUGCGUGCCUCACUGUGCUGAUAAAUGUGUUCACGGCCGCUGCAUAGCUCCUAACACCUGUCAGUGUGAGCCGGGAUGGGGAGGACCCAACUGCUCCAGUGCUUGUGAUAUUAAUCAUUGGGGGCCACACUGUAGCAGCAGAUGCCAGUGCAAAAAUGGAGCACUUUGCAAUCCCAUUACUGGAGCAUGUCACUGUGCUGCUGGCUUCAAGGGCUGGCGUUGUGAAGAACGAUGUGACCCAGGGACAUAUGGAAAUGACUGCCACCAAAAAUGCCAAUGCCAGAAUGGAGCGACGUGUGAUCAUGUAACUGGAGAGUGCAAGUGUACCCCUGGCUAUACUGGAGCAUUCUGCGAAGAUCUCUGCCCGCCUGGUAAACAUGGCCCCCAAUGCGAGGAAAGAUGUCCAUGUCAGAACGGUGGAAUUUGCCACCAUGUCACUGGAGAAUGCAGUUGCCCUGCGGGGUGGAUGGGCACAGUCUGUGGCCAACCUUGCCCUGAGGGUCGAUAUGGCAGAAACUGUACUCAAGAGUGCCAAUGUCACAAUGGCGGUACAUGUGACUCUGUUACAGGUCAAUGUCACUGCAGCCCUGGAUACAAUGGAGAACGAUGCCAGGAAGAAUGCCCUGUUGGAUUGUAUGGAAUGAAGUGCGCUGAGACCUGCCAAUGUCGUAAUGGUGGAAAAUGUUACCACAUCAGUGGAGCUUGUCUUUGCGAGCCCGGUUACACUGGGAAACACUGUGAAAAGACGCUGUGCUCAGAGGGCCUCUAUGGGAUGAAGUGUGAUAAAAAGUGCCCAUGCCAUGGAAAGAACACACAAAGCUGUCAUCCUAUGUCUGGAGAAUGUUCCUGUAAGCCUGGCUGGUCUGGACUCUACUGCAAUGAGACUUGUUCUCCCGGCUUCUACGGCGAAUCAUGUCAGCAGAUCUGCAGCUGCCAAAAUGGGGCAGACUGUGAUAGCGUCACUGGGAAAUGCAUCUGUGCUCCAGGUUUUACGGGCGUGGAUUGCUCCAUAGCUUGUCCAGCCGGCACAUAUGGGAGUAACUGCUCCUCUGCUUGUAUGUGUAAAAAUAAUGCCGUGUGCUCCUCAGUCGAUGGUUCCUGCACAUGUAAAGCAGGUUGGUAUGGCGUGGACUGCUCUAUUAACUGCCCUCGAGGAUCCUGGGGUUUAGGAUGCAAUGUUACCUGCCAGUGUCAAAAUGGAGGAGCCUGUAAUGCAUUGACUGGAACAUGCACCUGUCCCCCUGGUUGGAGGGGGGUGAACUGUGAACUUCCAUGCCAGGACGGCACCUAUGGAAUGAAUUGCACUGAACGCUGUGACUGCAGUCAUGCUGAUGGUUGCCACCCAGCCACUGGGUACUGCCGCUGUUUAGCAGGCUGGGCAGGUAUGCACUGUGACAGUGUCUGUCCUGGAGGACAAUGGGGACCAAACUGCUCAAAGUCUUGUAACUGCAUGAAUGGGGCCUCCUGCUCACCGGAUGAGGGGAUCUGUGAAUGUGCCCCUGGAUACAGAGGGACCACAUGCCAAAGGAUUUGUUCCCCAGGAUUUUUUGGACAUCGUUGUAGCCAAGCUUGUCCACAAUGUGUCCACAGCAAUGGUCCCUGCCACCAUGUGACAGGCAUGUGUGACUGCCUAGCUGGGUUCAUGGGCUCUUUGUGCAAUGAAGUUUGUCCCAGCGGUCGCUAUGGAAAGAACUGCGCUGGCAUCUGUACAUGUACCAACAACGGGACUUGUAACCCCAUCGAUGGAUCUUGCCAAUGUUAUCCUGGGUGGAUUGGCAGCGAUUGCUCCCAGUCAUGUCCUCCUGGUCACUGGGGUCCCAACUGUAUUCACACCUGUAACUGCCAUAAUGGAGCCUUCUGCAGUGCAUACGAUGGAGAGUGCAAGUGUUCUCCUGGAUGGACUGGACUGUACUGCACGCAAAGAUGCCCACUAGGUUUCUUUGGAAAGGAGUGUUCUCGAGUGUGCCAGUGUCAGAAUGGUGCAGACUGUGACCACAUUACUGGGCAGUGUACAUGUCGCACGGGAUUCAUGGGAAAACACUGCGAACAGAAAUGCCUGGUAGGUUCAUACGGAUACGGAUGCCGACAGGUUUGUGACUGUGUUAACAACUCCACAUGCGACCACAUUACUGGGACCUGUUACUGCAGUCCAGGCUGGAAAGGUACAAGGUGUGACCAAGCUGUAAUGAUAAUUGUAGGAAACCUGAACAGCCUGACCCGCACAAGUGCUGCCAUCCCUGCUGAUUCUUACCAGAUCGGUGCCAUUGCUGGCAUCAUUAUCCUUGUCCUGGUUGUCCUCUUCCUGCUAGCCCUCUUUAUCAUCUAUAGACAAAAACAGAAGGGCAAAGAGACAGCGAUGCCAUCUGUAACCUACAGCCCCACUGUCCGAGUCCUCAGCACAGACUAUACCAUUGCAGAUACUCUCCCACACAAUAAUGGUGGAAAUCCUAACAGCCAGUACUUCUCUAACCCAAGUUACCACACACUGAGUCAGUGCACAACGGGACCUCAUCUCAACAACUUGGACAGAAUGGCUAUUUCUAAGUCAAAAAGCAGCCAGCUUUUUGUAAAUCUCAAGAGUUUGGAUCCUGGGAAGAGAUCACACACUAUUGAUUACACAGGAACUCUGCCAGCAGACUGGAAGCAAGGAGGAUAUAUGCCUGAGCAUGGUCUCCUGAAAAGUUCUGCAUAUAGCAUUAGCAGCUGUUCACUGAGCAGUACUGAAAACCCCUAUGCAACCAUCAAGGAUCCACCAGUUCUUCUUCCGAAACACACCGAGUGUGGAUAUGUGGAGAUGAAGUCACCAGCACGCAGAGACUCUGCCUAUGCAGAGAUAAGUAAUAUCAGCCUGGCCACCAAGAAUGUGUAUGAAGUCGAGCCCACUGUGAGUCUUGCUCAAGGAGGAUUCAACAGCAACUGUAAAGCCGGCCAAGAUCUCUAUGACCUUCCAAAGAACAGUCACAUUCCAUGUCACUAUGACCUUCUUCCUGUCCGGGACAGCACUUCAUCUACUAAGAAUGAGGCAACCACUGAAUGAUAGUAGCAAUCAAUCAAACCACUGUAUGCUAAGGCUGACUCCUGCUGAACUGUAUGCUUCAGUUCACUGGACUGAUAUCAAGUGAGACUACUGUCUUCUGCAAUAAAUGACUGCACCAGCAAAGCUGGAGACGAUUGUUUGCUAAGCAAAGGACAACCUUAAAGACCAGAUGGAUGAAGUAGAAAAUACUGACUUGACGAUGUACAAGGGCUUAAGCUCACCAAUAUACUGUAUAACUAGGAAUAUUUCCAGUCUCUGAAAUACAUACCACUAACAAUUCUUUACUGGCACAUGCUGGGGACUUUCAUUCCAUGGAUUCUUAUUAAUCAGUUCUAAUUUCCUGAUGGCAAACAUAUUUUUAGAGUUUGUUCUUUGAUUUGCACUGAGCUGACUGUGUCAUACAAGUCAGUGAGUGUUUGUAUUAUAGUAAUGUGUAUUAGUAUGUUAGACAUGUUGUAUGGGUACAACAUAAAUAUGAAUGAAAAGCUAAAAACCACGUGUAAAGCCACUACAUGAGAUGUUAACCAGGGUUAGGUCGGCGUGUGGCUGUGUUUGUGUGUACAUAUGUAUAAACCCUGCCCUAAGGAGAUAUCUACAAUAUGUUAUUAAUGUAGAGUAGUUCCAAUGAGGGCGUUAUUUAUACUUAUUUUAGUGAACCCUUCACAAAUCAGGAUUGAUGCUUUAGUUUAACAAGACUAAAAUGGGUAGUGAGUUUCAGAUUUUCGUGAAGGAUGGCUCUAACCAGCUUAGAAACGUAUAGGAGAAAAAAAAGAGAGGAGGCGGUGACACAAAAGUUCCAGGGAUUAAGAAGAACCUUGGAGAAGUUGCGCAACCUAGGGCGCCUACAGUGAUGGACUAAAUCAAGGAGUGGUAGUAAAUGAAAGCCAAAAAGUCAAGAAAAAAAAAAAAAAAGGGGGGUCACCAAUUAAAAGGGAAGGCAGCUAAAAAAUUGUGUUAGCGUAAACUUAACACUUAAUCAUCAGGAUGUAAAA